UAUUCCUCUAGUAUAGGGUUAAAAUUUCAGCAUUGAUAUGUCAACAUAUUAAGCCAUUUAAAAAUUUUUGUUAAAAUCCUUUUCUCCGUCUAUUUUUGGCUGAACUGAUCAUCCUCUUCUGCUUUCCACUCUUCGGUCUGGUAUAUUUUCGCGGUAUUUUCCAAUGUUCUUGCCGUCUCAUCGUACCAAAGCCGAAUAACGGAUCUUAUGAUCGAUCUUGUGUUAAACGUGAUUUCGUUCUUUUUGAAAUAGUUAAAUUUUUCCAUCUUAUCAAAGGUUUUCGUUUUAAGUUUUAACCAAGAACCAAUACAGCUUUCAUAAAGUGCAAUGCAAAUGGCUGAAGCUGAUCAAGAAAAUGGCGCUGGCGCCCCGAAAAUUGCCACCAACCCGGCACCCAGCCAUCAGCUACUUUCCAUGCCCAAGGAUGAGCUGGAAGAGGUGCUGACCCCCAAGGGCGAGAAAGGAAAGUUUGCGUACCCGCCACCACCACCGCCCCCGACUCCUGUACAAGCUCCUCCGCCACCGGCUGCCAAAACUUCUGUUCCGGUUCAGUUACCGUUGGAGCAUGACGAGGACGAGGCUAAUUCAGAGAAGUGGGAGGAUCCAUGCGCCCCACCCCCGCCGCCACCGCUCCCUGGUAAUGGUUAUCUGUCUACUGGCCUGGGCUAUCUAAAGCUGCCGGCUGUCAAGCUAAAGGAUGCUCUCGAAAAGGCCAUCAGCAAGCUGGAGGCCAAUAGGAAGCUUCAUAAAGGCAAUCACGAAUCCAAUCGCAAGAAGGAGAUCGUUAAAAAGGAAUCCAUCGAAAUGCUAGCUAGAUUUCCAGAAUCGAACGGAAUGGGCGAUGCUGCUCCUUUGGUGAUCUCCACUUCGAUGGACCUCAUUGAGCACCCCUCGACCAAGAAACCGGCUGUGAUAGUGCAGCUUCAGAGGCGGUUGAAAAUCAUGGGCUUGCUGGACAAACAAAAUCGGAUUUUAGGAGCCAUUUCGCGCGAGGCAAUACCGCUGUACGCAGCCGAGGAUGAGGGCCUUGCCUUGCAGGUACUCUCCGCUCGGGCGUCCACCCCUUACACUCAACCCACCAGCAUGUUGUCCUGCACGGCCGUCAGCUGCGACCUGGAGCACGAUUCGCCAAAGAAGCAGCAAGCCAAAGCUGUUGUGGUUCCCGAACCACGUCUAGCACAACAGAAACGUACGACUGGCACGCCUAGCCACAAGCCAGGCAACCUUCGAGGCCCUAAGACGACUCGCAAUGCUUCCGUUGGCAGUGACAAGCCCAAAACGCUUUACUCCCGCUCCAACCUGUUGGACAUUCGCAAUGGCAUGUUCAGCGCGCUAAUGCACCGAUCCAAGGAGAGCUUUGUGAUGCCACGCAUUGCCACCUGCGACGACAUUGAGUUGGAGGCGCGUCUCCGUCGCAUGAACCUAUGGCGCACUUCAGAUGGCACACGUUUCCGGCCUCGGACCAACACGAACAACUCCAGUGCCAACGGAAAUGAGUGUAUGCCAGCCUUCUACAAGAACAAGAACAAGCCGCAGCUAAUAAGUGACGAGUCCAUUAUCCAGAGUCAGCCACCGCAGCUUCAAACUGAAUUCCAGGAUUCCGCUAUUGUCAAUCAAAGACGAAUUGGAAGCGGUCGUUUUAAUCACUCCAAGUGGGGCUAUAACGACUAUAGUACAAUGUCAGGGCACCAUAAUGGCAAGGCUCAUCAUGAUGAUGCCAAUUUGAAGCACCAGAGCAGCAGCAACAUGACAGUUCAUCAAUUUUUCGACAGCGGCGAUAUUAGCAGCAACCGCCACAUGAAUGCACGGCCAAACACCCCGAUCAUGGGCAUGUCGAACAACCGCUCCGAGAACGAUACUCUGGGCUCGAACGAGUCCAGCGAAGAUCUGAGUCGUGCCAACGAGAACUAUGUGAAGCGCGUCAUGUCCGGAUUUCUGGUUGUAUCGAAGCCCAAGUCCCGUGAAAACGAGGAAAAGCAUCACAGGCGCUAUCGGAAUCAGAGCGAGGAGCCGGAGUGGUUCAGCUGUGGUCCAACCUCCAGGCUGGACACUAUUGAGUUGUGCGGUUUCGACGAGGAGGAGGAAAAGAUGCUCAAAGAGGGUCACAAAGCUCAGCCGGCUGGAAAGAUCGAAAGGGAAGGUCAAAAGCAUAAGAUGGAACCGAACAAGUACAAGUGGACGCACUCGGAUUCGGUAUCUGGUAACAAGUUCAUCCCCAAACACGAUACCAACAACAACCAGAAUGUGGAGAACAUGAACAAGGUGCUGUCCAGCGAGCAGCAGCCUCCACUGAAAGAAGACAAACGCUCGGGCUCAUUCCGCCCGUAUCAAGCUGAUAAAUUUAAUCAAAAUCAAAAUGCGUAUGAAAACAGCAAUCAUGCCAAUCAGCCACAGCCGCCGCCAAACAAUAAUACCAACAAUUCCAAAUUCAUGUCAUUUUUCGACCGUGAAAGGAACACUUCGUCGUCAUCGCUUAAUGAAUUCUUCAAGCAGGCUAUGAAUCAGGGUCAUGCCACCAAUCCCGAGCAGCCCAAGUCGCUGGGCAACAUGAAUCAGAUGCCGUCAGUGGAACAACUUGAGGCCAAGUGGCGGCGCAACUCCGUGUCUUCUGCGGGCGAAUCUGCCAUGAAACAGUCUGAUAAUUUCCAGAAACUUAUUGGAUCCCUUAGUGCGGCCAAGCCACAGGUUCAGACCCAACCACCGGCUGUUGCCGGCAAUGAUGCCAUUUCCAACUUCAUCAUUCAGCAGCAGCAAUAUCAGCAGCAACAACAAAAGCAACAUAUGAUAAUCCAGCAACAGCAACAACAGACCGCCUUCUUGGCUGGUUUGCAAUUAAAGGCUAUUUUGGGAAGGGCCGAUACUCAAAUGCUUUUACUACGUCUGACCAAAGGAGAAAUAUCCAAGCACGGACUAUUGGUGCAGUUGGCCAAUCCUCGCCUCUCCAAUAUGGAUCGCGAGGCCAUCACAGCCGUGCUGCAGUUCACCAACACCCAGCAGCAGCAGCAGCAGCACCAGCAGCAGUUGGACAUGCUAUCGAGCACUGUGAUUGCCAGCCAGCUACAAAAUCUCCACAAUCUGGCCAUAGUCCAGCAGACCCUGGCCACCAGACAGCAGCAGCAGCAGCAAUUGCAACAGAUGCCGCCGCAGCAACUGUCGCAGGAGGAUCUGCAGGCGCAUGCUAAUGUUAUUAUGCGAAAUGCUGUGAUGAAGCGCAAGUUGGAGGAACAGACCUCCAAACUGAUCAAUGCCAGUGCUAAGACAACUCAACAGCCGCCGCAGCAGUCGCGUGGACAGCAGCGUCAUGGUCGACCGGAUGCCUCCUCGAAUGCGCUGUUGCAAGCUCUGAUCUCUGGCGCUAACAACAACAACCAGGCUGUGGGCCAUCUCAUGACAGGGCAGCACACCAACCACCGACGCGUCGCCAAUGAUGGAAACUUGCGUUUCACCGAAAAUCAGAACUACCAAGCCGCUGAUGCCAGUCAACCUCACUUUGCCACGCAGUUCAAACCGCAUUAUCAGCAACAAGUCGUCCAGCAGCCACAACAAGUACUAUCGCAGCAUUCGCACAUUCGCCGCCAGGAUAGCAACUCCCAGAUGCAGGCUCAACAACCAACCAUUGCGAUGAUGCCCAGCGGUCGAGAUGAGUUUCAUUAAUGGAUUCAGGAAGUUUGCAUCGACGACUGUCGGUCUGAUGGCCAUUGGCCUUGGAUCCACUGCCCUAAUCUACGG